UGUCGAGACGCUCGUUCGCUUCCUCGCUUGUAAGCAAAGAGAGAGGGAAAAAAAGAUAUACACAUACAUAUAUACAUGUGUACAUACAUAGACAUAUAAGAUACUUGCUAAAGAGACACGCGUGCGUGCCACAGUAAGAGCGAGACAGGAAGAGAUUUUUCACCUUCGCGAGAGGAGUGGAAAGUGCGCGUUCCCGUGAAGGGUGCACGCGACGACGUAAAUAUACGUCGUCUUAACCUUGACAGAAGAGCGAGAGGUAAAAGAAGAAGGAUUAAGAAGAAGAAGAAGAGAGUGGACAUGUCGUGUUGGUUGUUGUUGGAUAUUGAGUAUCUGUGAAAGGAUCAAGAAGAGAAGACCCGGUUCGUCGUCGUCGUCGUCGUCGUCGUCGUCGGCGACGUCUUUCUCUCUCUCCCUCUUUCUUUUUUUUUCUUUCUAUCUAUCUUCCUCUUUCCUUCUCUCUCUCUCUCUCUCCCCCCGUCCCUCUCCGUCUCUCUCUCUCUCUCUUUCUCUCUCUCUCUCUCUCUCUCUCUUUCUCACAUUUUCAUUCGUCGUGGGAAGGAAGGAGAGAAGAAGAUAGGUAGACAGAUAGGAGGACGCGUGUCCGCGAGUGCUGACGCUUCCAUUACCUACUGUGUUUCACCAAUUGUUAUUGUGUUGUUGUUGUUAUUAUUAUUAUUAUUAUUAUUAUUAUUAUUAUUUUUAUUAUUUUUAUUAUUAUUAUUGUUACAUUGUUAUUUCGUUAUUUGGUUUAUUGUUAUUCGUUCGUUAUCCUCGUUAAUACGGAUUCGAAUAAAAAGAAGAGAGAGGAUAAAAAUAUCUAAGGAUAUUGUGAAGCAGACGAUAUUUAUGGGCGCUCGACGGUGCCGCGAGGAGGACACUAUGCAGAGCGUUGCUACGAGAGGGCCGACUCACCUGGUCGCCCUGUACGUGGCGACCGCCGGCCUUCAGAACAACUCGCUUGGUUCCGAUGAAGAGGAGAUCACGUUGCUCGUUUACGUACUUCUCGAUGUACUCCAAAACAAGGUGUUGGGCAGACAGCAAUACAUUGUUCGUCCAAUGGUAAUGGACGAUGGUUGUACACCGGGAAGCGGUAGUGACAAUCCAGCAGUCGCCGGAAGUAGCGGAAUCAUUAGCGAGGCAGCGUUAGCACAUGCUCCAGCCUUGACCGAACGUACCCUUCGAGAACUCGGAAUUCCUUUGGAGCAAGCUAUAGAACAGUUCGAAGGAUGGUGGUCAUCGAUGUCCUGUGUGACCGGUGGAGGUGAUCCUCGAUUCGUUGUUGACGGACAGUCACCAAUGAGACAAUGUUUGCAUCCUGAGGCUUGCAACAAGGAUAUCGAACUGCCAACGCAUUACAAUAUUUUUCACGAUCUUCGUAAAGAAUUUGUUGGCUGUUACUCAUCCCACGGUGAAUUGGCAACACUUGGAAUACAAGAGAUGCUACAAUAUUUUGGACUACCGCCCGAUACAGACAAUGAUUUUCACGUGAAAGAAAUACAGGACAUGAUUAGCGUGAUACAGAGGAUGAUCAAGGAUGGUCACGUGUUUCAAGCUCCAGAGAUAGUUAACAUAGUUUUAGAACCGGGCAUAUGUUCCAAGGAUGAAGAAGUAGACAAUGACUGCGUAGUUAGAGCCCGAGGACUUCCUUGGCAAUCUUCUGAUCAAGAUAUUGCCAAAUUUUUCCGUGGUUUGAAUGUUGCAAAGGGUGGCGUAGCACUUUGUUUAAGUCCUAUGGGUAGGCGCAACGGAGAAGCUUUAGUACGUUUUGUUAAUAAGGAACACAGAGAUAUGGCACUGAAAAGGCAUAAACAUCAUAUGGGACCACGAUACAUCGAAGUUUAUAAAGCUUCUGGAGAAGAUUUUGUUGGGGUUGCUGGUGGUACUACGAGCGAAGCACAUGCUUUCCUCUCAAGAGGAGCUCAGGUUAUCGUUAGAAUGAGAGGAUUACCUUAUGACUGCGUUGCUAAACAAGUGAUCGACUUCUUCUUAUCUGGACAAAAACCUUGUCAUGUGUUGGAUGGAGAAGAUGGUGUACUAUUUGUAAAAAAGCCAGAUGGUAGAGCGACCGGAGACGCGUUUGUCCUUUUCGCACAAGAGGAAGAUGCUGUGAAAGCAUUAAGUAAACACAGAGAUUGCAUUGGCAGUCGGUACAUUGAACUAUUUAGGAGUACAACAGCGGAAGUACAACAGGUUCUGAACAGGGCGAUCGAUCCAAAGCCGUUCGUUCUCCCAGUACCACCUAUUCCACCAUUGCAAUUUUCUCAAUUACUUCCUCAACACAUAAUCACAUCGGGUACGCGUAAGGACUGUGUGAGGCUACGUGGGCUCCCCUACGAGGCACUUGUCGAACACAUACUUGAAUUCAUGGGAGAGCACUCGAAAAACAUUGUCUACCAGGGCGUCCACAUGGUAUACAAUGCACAGGGUCAACCAUCCGGAGAAGCAUUCAUACAAAUGGACAGCGAAAGUUCGGCGCAUGCCUGCGCGACUCAACGACAUCAUCGGUAUAUGAUCUUCGGAAAGAAACAACGUUACAUAGAAGUCUUCCAAUGUAGCGGCGAAGAUAUGAAUCUGGUAUUGACAGGUGCAGUAGCUCCGCCAUCAACGAAGGCUCUACUAUCACCCGGUACGUUGAGCACUCAAUCACCCGCAUCUCUGACACAUUCGGGUCCGGCGACGCCGGUACCGAUGCCGGUACCGACGGCGCAGCCUCCCCUCUGGGACAUACAGGCGCUCGUACAGGCACAGGCGCAAGCACAGGCAGCGCAGGUUCAAGCUCAAGCUCAGGCGCAGGCGCAGGUGCAGGCCAUCAGGAAUCAGGACUUUUGGCUGAUGGCCUUGGCCUCUAACGCGUCCCCCACCUCGACGACUCCAGCCUCGCCUACCUCCUCGGCGACGAGUAAGACCUUGGCCCUUACCGCGCCCAAUCCACCUCAUCAAAUCCCUGCGUACGCGAUGACACCUCCGGCGGCCGCCGCAGCAGCCGCCGCUGCGGCUGCGCUUCAUGCUCAACAACCUACUCACGCACCGUUCUUACUCUUCAAUGUUCCCUCUCGUAUCCCCAUAUUAAGGGCACCGACCUCUCAUGGCAUCUUGACACCCAUCGUUGCGCAAACCGCUCCUAUUAAUCCGGCUGCAUUGAUGGGCCUGAAAAGAACCUGGGAAAGCGCCUUUCCUACCGAAACACCCGGUACGGUAGCCAAGCGUGCCGCGUGGCACCCACCAACGGCAGCUUUUCACGCCCAUGCGCCUACUGCUGCUCCUGCCUUGCCCUAUACCGCACAAUUUUAUCCUCAAAUAUGAUACGCGAAAUUGACCUUUCUUUCGUAUACCAUCUACAGACUGCGGUUUUUUUCUAUUCUCUCUCUCUAUGUAUCUACAUACAUAUACUUCUUGUCAUUCCACCUACCUAAUUGCUAUUCCAAUUCCUUCCUUCUAACCAAUGAGAAGAUCUUAGCUAGUCGGUCUUUCUCGCGUUUUUCGGAUGGAUUUUCUAUAUAUGUAUAUGUACAUAUAUAUUUUUUCUUUUUCCUUUUUUUUUUUUUUUUUUUUUUAGAAAAAUAUCACACUUUUUGAUCGAUUUACACUUUUACGUCUUAAUAUUCUUAAUCAGACAAACAAAUAUUUUUUACGAUUCAUUAAUUUUGAACCUACUCGAAUGCCUUUCGAAGGUUCCAAAUAAAACUUAUUCGAGAAUGUGAUAAGCAGUAGUACUUACGGACAUAUGAGAAAAAAUAGUUUUAAUUUAAAUUCAUGAAACUUUCACUGGCAGCGCACAAACUGGACUUUCUCGAACGAUCGUCCCAUUUUUGUUAAUGUAGUAUAUUCUAGGAUAUUAUCGUUUCGAUUCUUUGUUCGCAUUGUUCGCGAUUACGAUUAAAAUCUCGGAGUCACGAAGAGAAUUAUGUCAAUCGAUUGACAUAUAAAAUUAGGUUUCUACGUUGACGGAAUUAUUUCGCGACAACGCGUGCAGGAAAGUGCCUUAGAAAAAGUAAAGAAUUAGAAAUGUGUAUAUACGAGACUUGUCCUUCGUAAAAAUCGUCUCGUAAUCUUACGAUCGUCACGCAUACGUACGUUUCGUGUACGUUACGUGUACGUAUAUAUGCAUAUAUCUAUAUGUACACGCGUGCAGAUUAUUAAUAGAGAUGCCUAUGCGAAUAUAUAUAUAUAUAUCUAUCUAUUCUUUAUAUAUAUAUAUAUAUGAAUAUAGGUUAUAUAUAAAACAUAUACAUAUAUAUAUAUAAAUUUAUAUAUUUUGCUAGAAAUAUUUCUAUUAGUUUUUAUAAUGUAUGGACAUUCCAUCCAAUGUUAUAUAGAUUAAGUCCUCAUUCCAGAAAAAUUAAUCUUCGUUUUUCCACUAUUUGUCUAUCUUGUGCACGUCUCGCAACAUUCAUUCGAAUGUUUGAAAUACGCGCGCGAUCGUUCUCCGUAUCAAAAGUUUCUCGCGCAUGCGCGCGACUCGCAGACUGUUUAACAAAAGAGACAAAAGAAAAAGACGUGCGAACGACGUGUUAUCAUAUUUUUCUUAAAAUUCCAAUAACAUAGUAGAAUUGUCUAUUUCACUGCCAACACGACGAACAGUUUGUAAUCGUCAGUUUCCUUUUUUCUUUUUUUAUUCGUCGAAUUAUUAUCGUCGGUAAUAUUUUAAACUUCAUUCCUUCUUGCCAUGCUUUUGUAUCUUUAUUAUGGAUGGAAUAGAAAUGUUAUACAAUAUAUAAGAGAAACGGAAUGAGAAAGAGAAAGAGAAAGAGAGAAAGAAAGACAGAGAGAGAGAGAGAGAGAGAGAGAGAGAGAGAGAGAGAGACGAUCGCGCGAAUAUAUAGACGUAGGAUCAUAAGCCCGCGAAAUUUCAAAUCCGCGGGUAUAUUUAACGGAGUGGUUGCUGCAUGUCGUGUUCCGUAGAAGGGACGUGCGUACAAGUACCUGUUAAUAUUUCUCUUAGUUCUUCUCUUAUCCUUGCUCGAAACGGGUGAUCGUACGAUCUGCCUUGUUUCUUCUUUUUCUUUUUCUGCGAUUCCUCUUUAAUCCUUUUUUCCAAUCGUAAUGAUUUACGAUAUAACCAUAUAAUUUUUUUUUCUUUAUGGUCGUUGUCCUUCCAUUUCUUUUUUCUUUUUUCUUUUUUUUUUUUUCCAUUAUCACAUUCCAUUUUCGAUCGUUCAUCCCCAGCACCUUGUAACUAUCUUCUUGAUAUAAUAAUAAUUAAUAAUUAAUAAUAAUAAUAAUAAUAAUAGUAAUAAUAAUAAUAAUAAUAAUAAUAAUAAUAAUAAUAAUAAUAAUAGUAAUAAUAAUAAUAAUAAUAGUAAUAAUAGUAAUAGUAAUAAUUUUUGUCUAGAUACAUAUAUAUAUAUAUUGAAUUUAUAUAUAUAUAUAUAUUUAUAUAUAUAUAUAAUUUUUUUGUUUUAAUUACUUGUUUACGUGGUAGACCUUACAAUUAUCUCAGCCACAAGCCUAUUUUUGUUUGACAGGAUGCGGUAGCGUUUAUUAGAUAAAAUCGAGUAGUAUUCUUUCUUUCUUUUUUUUUCUUUUUUUUUUUUUUUUGGUACGUUGGGUAACGUCGGACGUUCGCGUGAUUUACGAAAAAGAAAAAAAACAACGAAACUAAAAUGGUGAAAUAUUUAUCAUUAAUUUUGUUGUCAUUGUCGUCGUCGUCGUCAUCAUCAUCAUCGUCGUCGUAGUCGUCGUCGUUGAUCGUUGUUGUCGUUGUUAUUAUUUUCCUCCAUUUAUUGUACUUACAACAGACACACGCACAUAUAUAUAUAUAUCUAUAUAUAUGUGUAUAUAUAUAUAUAUGUAUAUAUAUAUAAUCAAUACGACGCGCGUGUCCGACGUUACUGCGAAUAACAUAGAUUCAAGAAUCGGGUAUUGCCUGCCGACGCUUAAAGUCGGGAUUGCGCUUCCUGAUUCGGCUUUACAUUAGCAUUAAUAUUACAUCAAUUAGAUAUAAACGAGUGGAACGUUGCGAGACGUAAAGAGAAAUUAAUUUAAGAAUACUUUCAUUUCCACUUUUUAACUUUUUAUCUUUCAUACACACACACACAUAUAUAUAUAUUUAUUUAUUUAUAUAUAUAUAAAUAUAUAUAUAUUUUUUGUCUCACUUUUGUCUCGCAUCGUUUUAGAAAACGGGUGCAUCUUGGAGAGAGCGCGUCGAUUAGAGUUGUCCGAGUUGAGACACGUCUAAAUGUUUAUCGUACGAUCGAUCAAUAUGGAUCUUUUAUCUUUUUCUUUUUUUUUUUUUUAUUUUGACGUAAAUUAAUUUGUCUUCCUUUUCUUACUUAUACUUAUAUCGUUACAAUAACUUCGUUUGAUAUAUUCGUUUAAACGAUACGACGUGUCUAACUCGUGCAUCAUACUCAUAUCCUUAGUUGGUACUUAUUUACAUCGUAUGUUUUAAUGGUUCACGCCUUGGUGGUAACGAAGGAUGGCUGCCCCCAUAUGCGAGAGAUCGACAUAUAUGCGUGCACAUUACAUGUUCUAAUUGCAUUAUCUUUUUUUUUUUGCCGUUAGCUUUCGCUGGGAAACUAUCACGCGACGCCGUCAAAAUCACGAAACGUUGAUAUAUGCACUUUUUCUAGUUACUAUUCUCUUUAUUUUAUUUUAUUUUUUUUUAAUAUAUAUGUAAAGGGAGAGAGAGAGAGAGAGAGAGAGAGAGAGAGUGAGUGAAAAAGAGAGAGAGAGAGAACGAAUGAAUGAAAAAAAAAAAAACAAAAACAAAAAAUCAGCUCCUUGCCCUUGCAUUAUUAUAAGUGCACACGAACACACAUGCCGCUAAAUCCAUCUUCUACCGAUCUCUUAUUAUUAUUUUUUUUUCUUUUAUGUAUUAUUUCUUUUCCUUUUUCUCUUUUUCUUUUUUUUUUUUUCAACUAACUCCAAAAGCUACAUCUUAGAUAUCGUGACAUUAUUAUUUUAUUACGUUGAAUGUGUUUGUUUAUUUGUGAAUUGCUAACAUGGUGACUGACACAGUGUCGUUUCUAUUAUGAAUUACUUUCUUCUAACUCUUGGCAUUUUUAUUUCAUUUACUAUUUUGUUUUAUACACUCAUACACAUAUAUAUAUACGUAUAUACACACAUACACGCAUAUAUAUAUAUACACAUAUAAAAUAUGUAUAUAUAUAUGCAUGUCUAACAUAAAUAAUUGUCUGUGUUUGUACAUCAUACAUGAAAAGAAAAUUUUUGCAAGGAAUCAUAAAAAAAAAAAGUAACGAAAAAAGCAAACGAGUUUUAAAUAUUUACAUUAUUUAUUAGUAAAUGCUGUUGCUUCGUAUUCUGUUCGAUUCUCCUUUUUCUUUUUCUAUAUGUACAUAUACAUACACAUACAUAUAUAUAUAUAUAUAUAUGCAUCUAUGUAUAUGUAAUGGAGUUGAUGGAGAAGAGUUUUAGUUUCACCCAUGUCUCGUGAAUAGGUUUGUCCCGGCGAAAGCUGACGCGCGUAAAAUUCACGCAUAUUCGUUGAACACAUAGCGUGGGGCGACAUUAUCUCUCUUCUUUUUUUUUUCUUCCCCCUUACCUGUUUGAUCUUUUUUCCUCUUUUUUUUCUUUCUUUUCUCUAUUUUCUUUUUUUUUUUUCUUUUCUAUGCGACCGUGUGUACGGUACGUUUCUCCUCUUUCUUCUUCUUCUUCUUCUUCUUCUUCUUCUUCUUCCCUAAUAUUCUUUCUUUUUUUUUCCUCUUUCUUUUUUGUUACGAAAGGUGUGCCCUUUUUUUUUUUUUAAAAUAGCGUUUUUUUUUUAAUUACUGGGAUGUAGGACAUUCUCACUCACACAUAGAUACAUGCAUACAUACGGAGAGGUGGUACAUUAGUAUACAUAUGCACACAUUAAACACUACAUUACCACACGUAUACAUACGCACUAUCCAUACAUAGAUCAUAAUAAUAUAUACAUACGUACACCUACACACACACACAAAUCCUUUUUUUUACAUCUUGUAUACACUCUCUUGUAUUAUCGACGAUUAUAUCGAUGGUGAACGAUCGUGUUUAAUAAAUGUGCCUUGUGGACAUA